AAGGGUCUCUCUCGUUCACACAUUAUUUCUAGAGCACGGGCCACCAGAUUAUACACUGACCUGUGAAAGUGACAAAAACAUAUUGUUGACUUGACAUUAACGACUUGUGAAUAUUACUUUAAAAAAAACAUGAUUCGGUCGAAAAGUGUGAACGAUUUUCUAGACUUUGAAUCUCGCGAAGAUUUUGCAGUGUCCAAGUCAAGGACCUCGUUGUCAGUCCCGAAUGCACACCGAGACCAAGAUUUUAGAAGGAAUAGUAACAUCAGUUGUGAAACCUCCUCUAGCUACUACAGCAUGUCUAACGAACACUUGAUUACUGGUAACCGUUGCGACAGCUUGACCCUCCCCGAAAUCCUCCACGUGGCAGUUUUGGGAGACCGUGGGGUGGGGAAACAUACCUUACUUCAUUACUUUCGCGACACGGAGGAUAUCUGGAGCGAUCUCACAGAUUUUGAGGAAGACACCGAAAUAUGUGUUUCUCUGGAUGGCAAGGAGACGUCCUUGCUGUUUGUCGAACAGCAGAAUUUAGAGAAUGUAGAAGCCUGUGGUUAUAUGGAUGCCAUUGUUGUUGUGUACUCGGUUGCGGACAUUUGGUCAUUUAAACUUGCCAAUAAGAUCGUUGGAGAAAUUCGGAAACAUUCCCAGAAUCCAGUAAUUCUCGUUGCCAACAAAGUGGACUUGGCUAGAGGACGCGCUGUUUCGACAAAAGAUGGUGAAAAGGUUGCGACAAGGUUCAGUUGCAAGUACGUGGAGAUAUCCCUAGUCCUCAACCAUAACGUCGACGAUCUGCUAGUGGGUAUCGUUCGUCAAGCUCGAGCACAAUCUCGUCACGAUUCAUCGAACUUAUCGUCAUCGACAGAAAAACAACGAAACAAAGUUCGACAAUUCACCAAUAAACUCGUCAAGCGAUGGAGAAAGAUUCGACCCAAACGAUCGCGUUGUAACAAUCUAUUUGACGCUUAAUGCAAGCGAUUACGAACUCUGCCUGAUGUGACAAUUGAAAAGCUGCCUUUGUCCUUCUGUGGAACCUGACGUUAGCAACCCACAAUCGUUCUGGCAAACAAUCAGGAAAUGAAGAAGAAUGUCGCAGACGACAUCGAAAUUGCAGACGAGAGUAGGCUCUCAGCACAAUUAACUUUUAAGGAGACAAUCGAAGGUUUACUCUGGAGAACUGUUGACAUUUAAAUUAUGCAGACAAAUUGCAUUUAUAUACAUUUAUUGCUCGUUAAAACCAAGAAACAUAAAGUUGUACAUCGCAAAACCUUAAUGUUUAGACAUCACUCACGAAUUGAGUAAUUACUCUUUUUUACUUAAUUUUACAAAGGAGAAACAGACGAGACAGUAAAAACAAUUGAACAGUCUUCCACAUAUGCCAAUACAAAUGAAAAUUAAAAGUAAUAAAGUUCACAAUGAUUGAUGGUGCUUAAGCUAAUUAUUGAUAGUUCGGUAUUUUUAUUUUCGGUAUUUUUAUUGUUUUAUACAAUUUAUAUGCUCUUUACUGUAUUUAAUUUGUAAAUGGUUUUUAUAUGAAUAAAAAUUGACAAUGAAA